GGGGAUCUUCACCGUCGUCCCGUCGAUCCUCUGGAUGUGGGUCCUGAGUGCGUCCAAGUCCCUGGCACUCCUCUUGCCCCCAUCUGCAACACCCAAACUGUCCCAAAAUCGACAAUGGGGCCCUCGAACGCUCACCUUUGGGCACAAAACGCACCGUACUCAAUUCCAUUGUAAUUAUUUGAAAAUUUCUAUUGUUUCCUCAAGUCUUUGUUGUCAAAACCAUUGUUUGUCAAGUCGUGCGAAAUCGAGUCGUCCCGUAGUCUUAUCAUCAACGAGUGAUUUUUUCCUCAAUUUUGGGAAAGUCUUUUCAAAUUUUGACAAAAAUAGCCAAACAUGACAGUUAUCUCUUGGGAAUUUUUCGUUUUACACUAACAUAACCUAAAAUGACCAAAUUGCUCGAGUGGGUGACCGUUUUGGGGGCUUUAACCGCCCUGUGGCUGUCUUUAGUGACCAAUACGGUCGAAAUAGGACUUGUGAAGCACCACCCCAGUUUGAUUUUCUACUCCCCGGUGAUUUUUGUCGGAUUAUUUGGGAUUUAUGCAAUAAUUGUUGUUUUGUAUCGCGUUUUUACGUUCAAUGAUUGCGAAAAGGCCGCCGCCGAGUUACAAGAGGAAAUAGUGGAAGCGAGGGCGGAUUUGGCCAAGUUAGGAUUUAAAUUCAAUUAAGACUGUGGUAAUAAAUUUAUUACAAAUAA